GGAAAUGUAAAAAAAGUGACUAUCUAGAGUUCCGUCAAAGAUUUCGCGUGGAAGAGGUUUCCUUUGUGAGAAUGCCUCAGAUCAUGGCAGAAACGUUUGCGAGAGGGCUGCUAGAUAAGAUAAUGGUAGACGUUCUGGACGUUAUAGAUCGCGAUGCAGAGGACGGAAAAUCCUGGGAGCAGCACGUUGAUGAGGAAAUAAACGAUGCCCAAUCGGAAUUUGUACACAGAUCGCAAGCAUUCGAACAUACACACGUAAAUUAUAGUAAGGCUGAAGAAAUAGAAUUGAUCGCCAAGAUAGUCCGCGAUUUGCGCGAUAUACAAAUCGGAGAUUCGCGUUACGUGCUACCACCUUCACUGUUGGCAUUGGAGAAACAGAUGAAAUGCGGCGCGUGCAACGUCGACGGUGUGUCGCUCACGAACGCGACAGCUGACGUCGCCGAAACUCGGCAUACAAUUCAAGGUCAAGGUGAUACGCAUCAGAUUAUACACGCGAUUCUUGAGCCACCGAUUGAGCCGGCGGAAUUGACAAAAGCGAUCCGGAAGGAGGAGGAAACGGUUAAUGAAGCGGCCACCGUAACCAUCGGUUUGUUACAUCAGCUGAUCGAAGAGUUGGAGAACAAAACAGUUUUAGUUUGCUCCAAAAAUGACACUUCGAUUAAUAAAGAACGCAUCGCCAAUUGGGAAGAGAAGGAGGAGCAAUUCAUUAGAACCAUCGAGGACAAUGUUGACAAUAAACAAAAAAUUACGAUGGAGACUCUUCCAGGGAGUGAAUCGGUUGGUCGUUUUCGCGUCAUCGAGCUGAAACACAAAGAUCAUGAAGAACUAAGAUCUCACUCGAGUCAGCAUGUAGCAUCUAUCUCAAGAGAUAUUGAUCUCGAUGAAAUUCAGCUUGAGAAAUGCGGAUCUAACUCGAUGUCGUCAUUAAAGCCGUCACACGACGACACCGCCAUGGAGCAGAUUCUAGCUAUCGAAGACGUGGAGAAGAGAAAGACAUUUGGUGAAUCGACUAAGAAGAAGAAGAGGAAAGGUUUAGGCAGCAGAUUGAGAAAACUCUUCCGCGCCGUUUUCGGUCGUCAGAAGAAUUGAUGCAGAUGUCCGGAAGGAAUGUUACUUCGUGAUCUACGUUAAAUACACGACGACGAUUUCCUUUCGUAGAACGGCCUUUUAAAUGCGUGCUUCUGACAGGGAAUCAUAUUGUUCGUUCAUGAAUCUAACGAAUAAAAAUAACUUUAUAGUCACCAAUUAAUCUUCACUUUGAUAUCCAUUACAACUUAAAUGCGACGCAUGAAUCUGAAGAUUCUGCACAUUCCUAGAUGUUAACCGCCCAAACAUUAUAC